AUGGACGAAAAGAAAUACGACCCGAACUUCAAGAACCAGGUCGAAUACGUCAUAGCGGACAAAAAACUAGGAGUCUUCAGUUAUACGGAGUACCAGCCUUGGUGUAGAAGAACGCAUCUACGACAUUACACGUGGGAGGGCCCGGUGGAAGACGAACAUGCAGAACUUCAUUCCGGUGCAACAACCCUCGUCGAUGGCGGCGACUCCAACGACUCACUCAACAGUAUGGCGCAAUCUUUUGAUUUCCCAACCCAGUUCAAUGCGUCAACGGUAGAAGGCCAAAAGUCUAUCGCAAUCACAAUCAAGUGGGAAUUGGAACCGGAAUCCUGGAAUCCUGAUGUAGUCCGCGGAGAGGGUUAUGUUGCGCGCUUCUUGGUUGGCGAGUGGGCGCUGGCGAAGGGUCAGUCAGUCGUGAGUGAGAGGGAGGCAAUGAUUGCGCUUUUUAAUAGGGUGCAUACGCUGGCGGAGAGUUAUCGUGAGAUGGAUGAGGAGAAGCGUAAGAAUGAUGAGGCGGAGCGUGCGAAGGACGAGGAAGAGCGUAUAGCGAGGGAGAAGGAGGCUGGAGAGGCGGUUGUCGAGUAG